ACACAAGUUGGCCUAUGAACGACGAUCACGUGACUUUUACCCGAAACGCAAUCUCCACAAGGCUUUCAUUUCAAAUAGUAACCGAACAACAGAUACACGGAUUUUUAAUUUAAGACAAAAGGCACAAUGUAAUAGUGUGGAUAUCGACAAUUUCUUCUUUAAGAAUAACUUAGUAUUAAAUAAACUAUAAAACCAAUUUAGUAUAUUGUAAAGCAGUUGUUUGUUGUUACAAUUCUACUGAGAGAUCAACCCUUAACGGAAUAUUAGUGCAAUCCCCUUUGAAGGAUGGAUUCUCGACUCAAAUUUACCCUCCUUGUUUUAGGGGUAGGGAUCUGCUGUUUUUCGACCCCGGGGCUAACGCAGGAGCUUAUUUCACGCGGACGAAACCGACGGCAAUCCGUAAACUUCAACCACAGCUUGCAAUCUAAUCGAGUGAAUAUAAUGCGACUUUCAUACAACGCCUCUGCCUCGUCUAAUUUCACGAUAUUUGUUGAUGAUACCAUGUCGCAGAUGAUCGUUCGUGUACAAGCGGAGAAGGCAAAGCCUUUUGUCAUAGCACAGAUGCCAUCAAAUAAACCAUCCCCUGUUAGGCCCACAACUAUAGGCUCUGCGCCCAAUGGAUCGGUAGUAACUCUUCUAGAAAUCAACAUCACACAGGCAUCCGAUUACGGUAUUUGGCACAUUGUGAAAAUGGAUAGCUACACAUGGGAUGUCACCAUUCAGGCUAUUAGUCCGGUGGAUUUCACACACAAGUUUGUAGAGCCUGGACCGGGAGGUGUCGGGGAAUAUGAAAUCAAGGGAAGACCCAUCUCCGGGACAACGUACAAAAUAAUUGUUGAGGUACCUGAAUACGCAAAAGUGUUCAAGGUGUUAUCAGUUAUGCUAGAAAUUAGAGAGAAUGGAACUAAUAAUGGCCGUGGAUAUUUGCAAAAAGUUGGCGGAGGAAGAGGAUCCAUUUACUUCACUAAUAUUACCAUUCCCCAUGAGCCGUUUAUGGUUGCAAUACAAGGAAAAGACUUAUCAAACCAUCAAUUUCGAAGACUAGACCCAAACCUCAUUACACCUGUGACCUUACGGUUGUUCAUACCACCGCUCACAGGUGUGACAUUGUGGGCCAACGAGACGUUAGAUAUUCCAUUCACGGUACAGAACGCUGGUGCCGUUGAUCAGGAUAUCGACGUGAGAAUUGAGGAUGACCAGCAUUUCGCUCUGGAUCCGAACAUUCACUCGUAUAAUAUAAAGGCUGGAAUGAACGAGACCGGAACUUUCACCAUACUUGGCGGACCGAAAGGCGGUGUAACAACCACGGUGACAAUCAAUGCCAAGCCUUUUGUGCCGGGUUCAACAUCGCUCCAGUCAGGACAGUUUGACAUCCGCAGAUUUACAGUAACAGAACGUACAACAACGACCCAAUCAACAACCACACCAAUGUCUACAACUACAACUCCUUUAUCAUCCUCGACAUCUUCUAAUGUCUCGACAGCUGCCCUGUCAACGUUGUCAUCGCAAUCAACAGCAUCCACAAAAACGACAGCAAGCGGAGGCCCCGGGGCAUCAACAGCUUCCACAGCAGGAGGUACACUAUCCGCCACAGGCACCACUAAAUCAUCGAGUGGCACACAAUCAGUCUCCAGCGCGUCACAGACUGGCGCAGCACAAGCCCCUGCAGGAACGCCAAAUGCGGGAGGUACACAAUAUUCGUCAGGAGCAUCAACUGCUAUAAACACGUUGGCUGGCCCAGUGGGUACGUCAGGAACGCAAUCUGCGUCAGGAACACAGUCGGCGACAGGAACGCAGUUAGCGUCAGGCUCGACACAAUCUGGUGCUCCUCAAGCCCCGUCAGGAACUCCUACCUCGGGUACUACGCAGACCGCAGCAGCCACCAACAACGAAUCAAAAUCUUUGGAUUCCAACAACGGUCUCACGGCAGUGUCAAUCGGCGCGGGAAUGGGUGUCGGAGCAGCAAUAGGGGUGACGGCACUUGCGACCAUGGCAUGCUUGUUUAAGAAAGCAAUGUCGAAGAAUACCAGGUCCGUGGCACCGCAAGAACAAGGCGGCAGAAGGGACGAUGAAGAAAGGCGGGAACGAGAGCGCAUCCAGCGAAAUCUCGUCUGGACGUGAUCCAUCCAUACGAGAAAAACGCUAACGUUUUACGAGUGGAUAUUUUAGACUGCCUGUGAUUUUAAUUUAACUUGUGAUAAGAUGUUAUAGCCUGCCUGGUGUGUUUUUUAAUAAACAAGUUGAAGUAUUGCA